AUGUCCCCUGGAGGGGUGCCUAGGACAAUACAUGAGGUUAUAAAAACCGUAGUUCAGGGAGGAGCUGGACAGAACAGAGAAGAGAAGAAGAUGGCAGAGAUGUGUAUCCCCAAGGAACCAGAGGAGAGGGAGAUAUUUCAAGGCCAGAGAUCAUCUGAGAGAGCCCCUGGGCUGUUGAGGAGCUCAAGAAGUUUGCCAGAGUGUCUAACCCGGGCCCCUCUGCAUCUGAUACUGGUCCUCUUCUCUUUGGGUCUCUUCAUGCUCAUGCUGGUCACCCUGAUUCAAGUCUCCAGGAUCCAACAAUCUCUGCCAAGAAAGAUGGACGACCAGGAGAACCACAACCCGGUGGCUGUUUUGCAAUCAGACCUGGAAGAGAUCGUCCAUCAGCUGACCAGGAUGAAUGCCACCCUGACUGGCCUGUGCCGUCACUGCCCCUGGAACUGGGACUUCUUCCAGGGAAGCUGCUAUUUCUUCUCCAAGAUUCGGAGCCCCUGGAAAGCUUCUGUCUCUGCCUGCGAGGACCUGAGGGCCCAGCUGGUGGUCAUUAGCAAUGCUGAGGAGCAGAAAUUCCUGAAAUCUUGGGAUAUCAGAAAGAACAAGAACGCCUGGAUUGGUCUCAGUGAUGAGCACAGUGAAGGGUCCUGGAAAUGGGUGGACAACACCUCCUUACAUAUCAGCUUCUGGAAAGAAGGAGAACCUAACAAUAUUGGAGAUGAGGACUGUGUGGAACUGUCCGGUGAUGGCUGGAAUGAUAGCUUAUGUAAUGAAGAACAAUUCUGGAUCUGCGAGAAGCCCUCAGCUCUGUGCCCAGGCCUCUGA